AUGUCGAGCGAGAAUAGAUCAAGAUUCGUGACGCAGAACAAGACGACAAACGAGCGACUAUCCACAAACACCGUCGGUCUCGUUGCCCUCUCCGAGUUCCGCAAGCGCCGUGCCGAGGUUCUCGAACAGCAGGAGCGGGAAGCAAGAGAAGCAUUACUCUCGGCGAGCUCGACGCCGAAUCGGUCUACAAGUAGAACUCCAAUCUCGGGAAACGUUAGCGGCGAUGCCGGGAGCGGGGCCGAGCAGCCAGCGAAGAAGAAGCUAAAGCAGAAGAAGACGAAGAGGAAAGCCGGGCCAAAGCUAUCCUUCGGCGGUGACGAAGACGAAGACGAGCAGGAUGACGCUAACGCGCCGACCGAUGGAAGCGGCGAGAAAAAGGUGGCGGCAACUCGGGACGGCGAAAGAGCGACCGAUGUCAAGAAAUCGAAACUGGCGGCGAAUGCCUCUGUGGGAAUCGUGCCCAAAACCCUCACCAAGGCGGCGAUGAAGCAGGAGGCGGCGGAACGAGAGGCUCUGCGACGUGAGUUUCUCCAGAUCCAGGAUGCCGUGAAAGCGACGGAGAUAGCGAUACCAUUUGUCUUUUACGACGGAACAAACAUCCCCGGCGGCGUGGUCCGCGUGAAAAAGGGCGACCACGUCUGGGUUUUCCUUGACAAGAGCCGCAAAGUCGGCGCGGAGAUGCAAGUCGGGGGGGACAAGGUCAGGGCGCGAAAGGCAUGGGCCAGAGUCGGUGUGGACGAUCUUAUUCUCGUCCGGGGAACCAUCAUCGUCCCACAUCAUUAUGACUUUUACUUUUUCGCUAUCAACAAAUCACUCGGCCCAGGGGGCAAGCGAAUUUUCGACUACAGUUCCGAUGCGCCCAAGAUGCAUAACCAUAACCACGCUAACGCCGACAAUGCUGAUGAUGAUAACAAAGAAGAAGAGACGUCGGGGCUGAUGACGGCGGCGGCAUACAAGGCGGCUGAGGCCAGGAAUCUCCCAGAUAUUUCGACGCUCGAAGGCGCCAACGACGACCCGACGCUGACCAAGGUGGUGGACCGACGGUGGUAUGAGCGCAAUAAGCAUAUUUACCCAGCCAGCCUUUGGCAGGAGUUUGAUCCUGAAAAGGAUUAUCAGACCGAGAUUCGACGAGAUCUUGGUGGAAAUGCCUUUUUCUAUGCCAAGUGA